AUACUUCUGGAACAUAGCCACACAGCCCGAAAGACAUACAACAACCCUGUAUAAGAAUGGCUAGUAAUUGCAAUGCGACAAUUAAGUAUCAGUUUACUCAGGCCUAAGUAUAUUAUAUAUAUCAAAUUGAAACCACAUCACCAUAGAGGCCACACCCAAUAGCCAUGUAGUAACUAACCAUGAGGAUACAUAAAGCAAUGCAUAAAUGUACAAAAUAUCACAUACUUGGCCAUGAGUAAAUGGAUACUGAGAGCUGUUCGACAGUGGAACUCUCUCCCCCGGGCCGUGGUGGAGGCUCCUUCUUUGGAGGCUUUUAAGCAGAGGCUGUAUGGCCAUCUGUCGGGGGUGCUUUGAAUGUGAUUUCCUGCUUCUUAGCAGGGGGUUGGACUGGAUGGCCCAUGAGGUCUCUUCCAACUCUACUAUUCUAUGAUUCUAUGAUACUUAAUGGUCGAAUUGCAAAAUAAAAACAUAUCAGUCUUGUAGAGCAACAUUUUCUCUUUCAGAUGAUACUAUUCACAAACAUUCAGGUAGACACUUUUUUAAAAAAAUAAUUGGAUUUGAACUUUGGUAAAUUUUACACUGUUUGCUUCAGCUCCUGCCAACCUAGCAGUUCGAAAACAUGCCAAUGUGAGUAGAUCAAUAGCUCCGGCGGGAAUGUAACGGCGCUCCAUGCAGUCAUGCCAGCCACAUGACCUUGGAGGUGUCUACGGACAACGCCGGCUCUUCGGCUUAGAAAUGGAGAUGAGCACCAACCCACAGAGUCAGACACGACUAGACUUAAUGUCAGGGGAAAACCUUUACCUUAGAUUUUACUAUUUGCUCCAAAAGUGCCAAAUUUGAAGAGAUCCUACAGAGUGGAUAUAGAUGCUGGGUAGUUGCAAAUCUGGCAGUAUUAUGUCCAGCACAAGCAUCAUGCCUGGUUAAAAUUUCAAGUUCGUAUCUUCGUUUGCAAGGAAAUUGUUACAGUCUGAAUAUUGGUCAAAAUUUGUCGCGACACAUUUUGAUGCACACUGAGUCAACUUUCUUAACUGGAUUUUGCACCCAUAAUUUAAAGGUCCUCCAGUGUGACUCUGCAGUCAACUGUAAAAUCUGUAUUUAACUGCUUAUGUUUUUAUUCUUUUGUAUUGUUGUGUAUUGGCAUCGAAUUCUGCCAGUUUUGUAAGCCGCCCUGAGUCCCUUUGGGUGAGAAGGGCGGGAUAGAAACGAUGGAAAUAAAUAAAUAAUGUUAAAAUUAAUUUCAUGGAAUCAACAGGGAAAAAACUGUACAGGAUUUCAAUUUACUAGCCAUUCUUAUAUAUUUCAAUUUUAUGAGACCCCAAAAAUUUUCUUAAAUGUCGUGCGCAUGCUGACUGAAUGACUACUCCUCAGAUAAGAGGAUUUAGGUCAGCAACUAUUGCAGUUAGAGACCCCAAAUUUUGGGAAACUUAGUUUAACACCUGACUAGUGCUACUGCUAAAAUUUGAACAAAAUUGGAGACAUGAUGGUGGGAUGGUUUAGAACACUUGGCAUGGAAUGACUCUCUUGAUUCCCUUUCAGGCUGAGUGAGCGUAACCUCGCUGCCAUAUCUUGUUUCUUUGAACAGCAAUGUGCUCUUACAUAUUUUUUUUUUUUGCAUUCAACCAGGGCCCUGGAGUAGCUGUGGGUUUAUUUAUCAGAAAGAGCUGUAUUGGCCUCAAAUGGCUCUUUUGGUCACCACACAAACAUAACAAGGCAAAGAAAUCGAUUCAAGAGGCAGAAGCACCUGUUGGAUUUGUUGUUGUCACGUGGGACACCUUCAAAUAAAGGGUUUCCUGCCCGCAAGACUUUAUGGCCAAGCAGACGGCAGAUGGGCUGGACAACUGGAUUUGUGUGCCGAAAGUCACGGGUGGAAAACACACACACAUUUCUGGAAAAGGCCUCCUUGCUCAUGAUGUUCCACCUAGAGCAGGGGUCCCCAAACUAAGGCCCCGGCCCUCUGAGGUCAUUUACCCGGCCCCCACCCUCAGUUUUAUAAUAUAAUAUAUUGCAUAUACAUAUAAUAUUGAUAAUAUUAUAAUGUAAUACAAUAUAACACUAAUAAUAAUACCAUAUAAUAAUAUUAAUUAUAUGUUCUAUAUUACAUAUAAUAUUACUAAUAAUAUUACAGUAUAGUGGUAUAGUUCAAUAUCUAUAUAUAUAAAAGGGUAAUGGAAUCACGGCACCGGACAAAACAACUAAACUAAACACCCCACAACCUCGAAAAUUGACAGCACAACCUCUCAUCCACACCUCUACGUUCAUAUAACAAAAAGAAAAGAAAAAUAAAGUCCUAGUCACGGCAACGCGUGGCUGGGCACAGCUAGUAGUAAUAUAUAAUGCUAAUAUUGUGCUAUGCUAAUAAUAUAAUACAGUAGAGUCUCACUUAUCCAACACUCGCUUAUCCAACGUUCUGGAUUAUCCAACGCAUUUUUGUAGUCAAUGUUUUCAAUAUAUCAUGAUAUUUUAUUAUUAUUAUUAUUAUUAUUAUUAUUAUUAUUAUUAUUUUGGUGCUAAAUUCAUAAAUACAGUAAUUACUUCAUAGCAUUACUGCGUAUUGAACUACUUUUUCUGCCAAAUUUGUUGUCUAACAUGAUGUUUUUGUGCUUCAUUUGUAAAAUCAUAACCUAAUUUGAUGUUUAAUAGGCUUUUCCUUAAUGCCUCCUUAUUAUAUUUGCUUAUCCAACAUUCUGCCGGCCCGUUUAUGUUGGAUAAGUUAGACUCUACUGUAAAUAAAUGCAGUAAAUAAAUAAUAAAUAAAUUUUAGACUUAGGCUCACCCAAAGUCUGAAAUGACUUGAAGGCACACAACAACAACAACAACAACAACAACAACAACAACAACAACAACAACAACCCUAAUUAACUUGACUAUCUCAUUGGCCAGAAGCAGGACCACACUUCCCAUUGAAAUCCUGAUAAAUGUAUGUUGGUUAAAAUUGUUUUUAUUUUUAAAUAUUGUACUGUUCUUUCAUUGUUCUUGUUCUUGUUGUUUCUUGUUGUUUGUUUAUUUAUUUAUUAAACUUAUAUACCGCUACUCCCAGUUUGGCUCAGAGCGGUUUACAGAAAUAGAUUAAAACAAUACGCUUGGCUUUAAAAUAACAAUAAAAACAAUAAAAACAGACAUAGCCCUGAGUUUUUCACUCACUUGUUGUUGUUUUUGCACUACAAAUAAGACAUAUGCAGUGUGCAUGGGAAUUUGUUUGUAUUUUUUUCAAAUGAUAAUCCGGCCCCUCAACAGUCUGAAGGGUUGUGGACCGGCCCUCGUCUUAAAAAGUUUGAGGACCCCUGACCUAGAGUAUGGAAAGGCCGGUGCGGUGCUCUGCACAUGCUCAGGAACACUUUGCAUGGAUUGGCGGGAUAAGGAGAGACCAAAUGCAUCCUCUUCCUCCUCGGUGGACCCAGUGGAGAUGGCAUAGUUUGUUAAGAGAGCCAAGAAAAUAGGCCACUUCUGUUCAUGUGCAGAGUGCAACCUUAUACUGAGAAAAUGAAGGGUUUGGAAGGGGGAAGGGACACCUGGCCUCGGGAAGGCCUUCCUCUUGUGGGUGCCGGUUCCGCCUGGGCAGGGCAGGGAGCCGGAUCCGGGGAGGAGGCAGGCAGGCAGGGCCAUCGGAGAGACGAGACGUCCAAGGCGGGGAGCUGCCUGGGGUGGAGACCUCAAGGCAGACCCAGGAGGAUCGGGAGGAGCAGCAGCCGUCUGGCCGAGAAAAGCAUGCCGGGGGUGUCCCAUGGGCUCCUGCCACAAGCCCUGGGAUAUCCAGGGGGUCCUCUGCCUGAGCCCCACUACUCUACUCCUGCUUCUGCCAUUGCUGCUUCUGCAGUCUCUGGCCGGGAGCCCCACCGUUGUGGCCCCCGACUCGCUGGUCUUCGUCUCCACGCUGGACGGGAGCCUCCACGCCGUGAGCAAGACGACGGGGGAUGUCGCUUGGACCCUGAAGGACGACCCAGCUCUGCAGGCUCCGAUCGACGCUGGAGCCCAGCCAGCCUUCCUUCCGGACCCAAAUGACGGCAGCCUCUACGUUGUGGGGGGCAAGAACAAGGAGGGCCUGAUGAAGCUGCCUUUCACCAUCCCAGAGCUGGUCCAGUCCUCUCCCUGCCGGAGCUCCGAUGGCAUCAUCUACACAGGGAAGAAGGAAGACGCCUGGUUCGUAGUGGAUCCCGCCUCAGGGCAGAGACAGACCACGCUGUCGACAGCGGCCUGGGGGGAAGGCCUGUGCCCCGGAGCCCCACUCCUCUACAUCGGCCGCUCCCAGUACGUCAUCACCAUGUACGACACCAAGUCCCGUGAACUGCACUGGAAUGCCACUUUCCUGGACUAUUCGGCUGCGGCACCAAUCCAGGACCAGGGCGAGGAGGAUGCCAUUGCUCACCUGGCCUCCAGCGGGGAGGGUCUGCUGGUGACGGUGUCCCGGGCCAAGGGUGAGGUGCUCUGGAUGCGGGACUUGGGGUCCCCUGUGGUGGGGGUCUUUGCCUGGCACCAGGAGACCCUGCGCAGGGCCCCGCUUUUCAACAUGGCCCCCGAGAGCCUGCGCUUCCUCCUCCUGCGCUCCCAGCACCUCCGCCUCCUCCACUGGGACUACCGCCCCGCCAAGGAGCCCAACGCCAAGGCCCAGCUGAUGCCAACGCUUUAUGUGGGCAAAUCCCCGCUGGGCUUCUACGCCUUGAAGUCUCUGGUCCAUGAAGGAGUGGCGCUGGUGCCCCAGGGGGUCACUCUGGCCAGGUCGGAGGGUCCCACCACCAGUGACGUGACAUUGCGGGAGUCCGGCGAGCGUGAGAUCACCCCCAGCACCGGCGUCAAGUACCCAAAGGGCAGCGUCAUCGCCGCCCAACACAGCCAGUGGCUCCUCAUCGGGCACCACGAGCUCCCACCGGUGGUCCAUACUACGAUGCUGAGGGCCUUUCCGGAGCCCCUGCGGAGGAACCCGGAGACCGUCAUGCCUCGCAGCUCCCUUUUUGACGAACUUCUGGAGAAGCCCCCCAACGCAGGCGUCCCAUACCGUGGGCCUCUCACCAUGGAGACGGAGACGGUCAAAAUUCACCCAGAGCCUGGCAACUGGGAGCCGGUGGCAGCAGGCCUGGUGGCCGUGUUUUGGGGCGCGGGGCUCUUCUUCUUCAUGCUCUGGCAACAGAACCGCAAGCAGCAGUUGUACCUGGAGCAGCAUCUGGAAGAGCGUCUCCAGCGUCUCCAGCAGCAAGCGAACACAGGGUCCCCUCUUGGACCCCGUUCCAGGGACUCUCUGAUCAUGAAUGAUCCCAGCCCAAGACAAGGAGAAACGCCAAGGAGUUCCUCACAACUGACAGAUCAAAGCCUGGGCUCUUCCUCUUCCGCUUCUUCAUUAGAACAGCCCAACCAGACGUCCCUUCAGAGUCCUCUCCUUGGAAACACCUGCUCAGAUGCCAACCCAGAAGACAUUGUGGUGGGGAAGAUCUCCUUCAGCCCCAAGGAAGUGCUGGGCCGAGGGGCUGGGGGCACCUUUGUCUUCAGGGGCCGCUUUGAGGGCCGUCCGGUGGCCGUGAAGCGCCUGCUGCCUUCCUGCAUCUCACUGGUGGACCGUGAGGUGCAGCUGCUCCGGGAGUCCGACGAGCACCCCAACGUCGUGCGCUACUUCUGCACCGAGGCUGACCAGCAGUUCCGCUACAUCGCCAUCGAGCUCUGCUCUGCCACUUUGCAAGAGUAUGUGGAGACCCCGGACUUCCCACGGCGAGGCCUGAAUCUGAAAACGGUGCUUUACCAAACCAUGUCCGGCUUGGCCCACCUCCAUUCCCUUAGCAUCGUCCACCGCGACCUGAAGCCCUGCAACAUCCUGGUCUCAUCCCCCGACGGCCACGGCCGGAUCCGGGCGGUCAUCUCCGACUUUGGCCUCUGCAAGAAGCUCCAAGGGGGCCGCCAGAGCUUCAGCCUCCGGUCGGGGGUCCCGGGCACCGAGGGAUGGAUUGCACCAGAGCUGCUGAGGGAGGACCCCACGGAGAACCCCACCUGUGCAGUGGACCUCUUCUCGGCUGGCUGCGUCUUCUACUACGUGGUGUCCGGCGGGCGGCAUCCCUUUGGGCAGAGCUUCCGUCGCCAGGCCAACAUCCUAUCCGGGACCUAUAGUCUGGAGUGGCUGCAGCAGGAGACCCAUGACAACGUGGUUGGACGGGAUCUGAUAGAAGCCAUGAUUGACAGCAACCCCCAUUUGCGCCCCUCGGCCGCCCAGGUCCUCCUGCACCCCUUUUUCUGGAACCCCGAAAAGCAGCUGCAGUUCUUCCAGGACGUCAGCGACCGCAUUGAGAAGGAGCCUGCGGAGGGACCCAUUGUCAGCGCAUUGGAAGCCGGGGACCACAAAGUGGUGCGUGGCGACUGGCGGACCCACAUCUCCCUCCCGCUGCAGACAGACCUCCGCAAGUUCCGGACGUACAAAGGCAGCUCUGUGCGUGACCUCCUCCGGGCCAUGAGGAACAAGAAGCAUCACUACCACGAAUUGCCUGCCGAGGUGCAAGAGGCCCUGGGCCACGUCCCGCAGGGGUUUGUCUGCUAUUUCACAAGCCGCUUCCCUCGGCUGCUGCUGCACACGCACCGGGCCUUGCGCCUCUGCGCCGGAGAAGGGCCCUUGCGGAGGUAUUACGCCCCAGAGCCGCACUGAGGAAGGGCCCCAAAGGAGCCGCUGGGGCUGGACGCUUUGAGUGGCAGCUCCCCUUGACAUAUUCACAGCAGCCAAGCCAUGCGCCUGGCGCUCCCUGAUCACCGCCAUCCCACUCCAAGGGGUCAGUUGAGCUCAGCACUGUGUUGUCGAAGGGUUUUCAUGGCCGGAAUCACUGGACCGCUCUGGGUUUUUCAAGUUGUUUGAGAAUCCGAUAUAGUUGCAUAAAAGCUGUAUGUCUUUAUCAGUGGUUCCCAAACUUAUUUGGCCCUGGAAAGGGGGGCGUGGCUUAGAGGGGUGGGUGUGGCUCCUGCUCGAGAGGGUGUGGCUGAGCCUCUCCCUUAGUCCAAGAUGCAGGGCUGGGAGGGAGAGGGGGCGGGGCCACAAAUGGGUGGCCAGGACUGGGAUGGGCGGAGUUACGAGCACUGAGAUAGGGCUGAGCUUCUAUCCCUGUCCUGCGGCGCCUGCCAGGACACAGGGGGCGGGGCUAGAG